AUGGGGGACCGAUCUCAGGAUACAGACGCAGGUCUGAGGGCUGGGAAAACAACAACAGGCAACACCCGAUCGCAAGCCUCAAACGCUCGAGCUGCAAAUAUUGUUUCUCCUCCCGGGUCAAAAACACCGCCUUCUAUGCCAGUAAAAAGAACGAUAUUGUAUCCAGACAACAUCGGCGGGCCACGAGCGCAGGACGGAUCAGAGCCAGUGGAUGCGAAUGCGCUGGCCAAGGCACUUAAAGAUUUUGAUGAGGGCGGAAUUGGAAGAGAAAGAACACCAGGAGCUAGUCCAUGUCGAAAGAGACAACGGGUCUAUGGAGAUCGCUUUAUUCCAAAUCGUGAGGGACAAGACCUCCAGGCCACAUACAGUCUGCUCCAUGAGGACGGAUGUCCUUCAACUCCAUCGAAGUCGAAGAGACGUGCCCCUCACUCAGAGCUUCACUUUCAAAAGACGGAAGAAGCAAAUCGGACUUUCUCCCGGGUCUUGCGCAGUGAACUAUUUGGAAAUACCGUUCCACAACCUGACCUCAACUCAGCCUCGCCAGAUCCAUUAAUGGGAUUUAACGCCGGCAUUAAUGACAAAACUCGAUCCCAUACACCACCUUCUCUUGUCUCUAAUCUCCCACCCGCCAGCAUGACUCCUUCAACUCCACACAAGAACCUUUUCAACUACGGUCCCAGUCGCCCGGGCUCUAAUCACCCCACACCCUCAAAAACUCCUCGAAGUGCGCAUGCACCGAAUCUUAAUGUCCGCUCUGAUCUGUAUAGCCUAUCACCUAUACGAUAUGAUAGCCAGCGGAUCCUUGAGACCCCGCGCAAGCAGCCUCGUUAUGUGAAUAAGGUUCCCUACAAGGUCCUAGAUGCGCCCGAUUUACAGGACGACUUUUACCUGAAUUUGGUAGAUUGGGGCAGCAGUAAUGUUCUUGGAGUUGGACUCGCCAAUUCGGUGUACAUGUGGAACUCUCAAUCUGGCCGUGUGACCAAACUUUGUGAGCUCAAGGACGACACUGUCACCAGUGUUAACUGGAUCCAAAGGGGCACUCAUCUCGCCAUUGGUACUGGCAAGGGCCUAGUUCAGAUCUGGGAUGCUGACCAUUGCCGGCGAUUACGGACGAUGGUUGGCCAUACCAACCGGGUCGGCGCUUUGGCAUGGAAUGACCAUAUUCUCACCUCAGGAUCUCGUGAUCGUCUUAUCUACCAUCGUGAUGUUCGCUCCCCCGAUCAGUGGAUCAAGCGCUUGUCUGGCCACAAGCAGGAGGUUUGCGGGUUGAAGUGGAACACCGAAGAUGGCCAAUUAGCAUCUGGUGGCAAUGACAACAAAUUGAUGGUGUGGGACAAGCUGAGUGAGACCCCGCUCUAUCGAUUUUCGGAUCACUGUGCAGCUGUGAAGGCCAUUGCAUGGUCGCCUCAUCAACACCACCUACUUGCAUCGGGUGGAGGUACAGCGGAUCGCACGAUCAAAUUCUGGAACACGUCAACCGGCUCUUUGAUCAAGGAAAUGGAUACUGGAAGUCAGGUCUGUAACCUUUCCUGGUCCAAGAACUCAGACGAGAUUAUCAGCACCCAUGGAUACAGCCAGAAUCAGAUUGUGAUCUGGAAGUAUCCGCGCAUGGAGCAAAUUGUCUCAUUAACGGGUCACACUUUCCGUGUGUUAUACCUUGCCAUGAGCCCAGACGGUCAGACAGUCGUGACUGGUGCUGGCGAUGAGACACUCAGGUUCUGGAAGAUUUUCGACAAACGAGCUACCAGAGACUCGCGGCGCGAGGGUAGCAAGCUAUCGGAAUGGGGCUCCAUCCGUUAG